AUGUUCACAGUUUUUGGGAUACCACCGGCUCCUAGAAAAGUACCACAAAUCAAAAACUGCUUUGAAAUAGAUGACAAUGGGAUCCUCACAGUGACAUCAGAGAUAGUAUCAACAGGUGUGACUGAGAAACUGACAAUUACCAACCAAAAUGGAAGACUCUCUAAGGAUGAAAUUGAGAAGAUGGUUAAAGAUGCUGACAAGUACAAACAUGAGGAUGAAGAAUACAAGAAGAAAGCAAGUGCAUUCAAUGCAUUAGAAGACUGCUUACACACCAUGAAGAAUAAGAUGAAAAACACAAGGAACCGUAAAAAGUUGAUGAAAAUGGAACAUGCGGUUGCUGACACGACCAAGUGGCUUGAGCAUAACCAAGCUGCAUCUGCUGAUGAGCUCGUGCGCAUGAAGGAAUAUCUUGAGUCUAUAUGCGUGUGA